AUGGAGAUGUUUCUUGUAUUACAGGCCCCUAAGCACACAAGUGGGGUGGGUUGCACAGCUUCGGGCCAUGAGGCACAGGUGGGGUGGGUUGCCUGGCACCCGCAGUCAGGCGUGUCACACACAGCCUCGGGGGUGAACUUGGCGUCGUGUGGGCAUGAUGGAUCGGUUAAUCUGUGGUCGCUGGAGAAAGAAGAGCCCAUUGCUGAGCUCAAGGGCCACUCACAACGGGUGGGGCGAGUGGCAUUCCACCCUUCGG